AUGACUAAAGACCUAGAUACGCUCGACUUUGUCAAAAAAUGCCGUCGAGCCAUCUGCGAGAAAACAGGCGUUUGGUCCAGGGCUUUGGAAAAGUGGAAUGUUGGAACUUGUGCGGAAACAGUUCCACUUUCGGUUAUGCCAAUUCAUGAAGAUGGUGUAGUCUUUUCUCUUUGUUUAACUUCGAAAGGACUGGAUAAGCCUUUAGGAGCUUGCAAAACAUGCCAGGCCACAUUUUUGAGCUAUUUUACAACUACUAGCAGAAGAGUCGUCGAUUUAGCAGAGAGCGGUGAAACUAAUGCGAAGGUAGGAUAA